GAGAACCAAAGCCACAGAUCCAUGCCUGUCCGUCCUGCCCUCUGGCCUUCUCCAGUCAUAAGUUCCUCAGACAACACGUGAAGCACAACCACCCCUCUGAGUCCUCCCCAGAGACACCUGCCGGAAAAUACCUCCAACCAGAGGACCCCCAUCCAGGGGGCCAGAAGCAGCAGGAUUCUGAGCCCUUCACCUGGAACGACAAGGCAGAGAGGGAAGACAUUAGAGAUAGGUCCAAACCUGUGGUUGAAAGGACAAGGCAGGAGGGCAUUGCCAAGGCCUUCUCCAGCCUAGCCAAAGGACAAAUGGGGAGUUCUAGGGAGGCUAACCAAGUGACGGAGCCAGAGGCCAGCCCAAGGCAGAAAGUGAAUCCCGAGGGCACAGGGAAAUUAUUGCUGGGGGUAGAAAUCUCAAGAGUUGUGAGAGUCAGGGGAGGAGAAUGUGGGCGAGGCUUUAGUCAGAAGUCAGAACUCACUACACACCAGAGGGGACACUCAGGGGAGAAGCCCUAUGUCUGCAGGGAGUGUGGGCGAGGCUUUAGUCAGAAGUCAGACCUCAUCAGGCACCAGAGGACACACUCAGGGGAGAAGCCCUUUGUCUGCAGAGAGUGUGGGCGAGGCUUUAGUCGGAAGUCAAUCCUCAUCAGUCACCAGAGGACACACUCAGGGGAGAAGCCCUUUGUCUGCAGGGAGUGUGGGCGAGGCUUUAGUCAGAAGUCAAUCCUCAUCAAUCACCAGAGGACACACUCAGGGGAGAAGCCCUUUGUCUGCAGGGAGUGUGGGCGAGGCUUUAGUCGGAAGUCAAACCUCAUC